CGUACUGAAGACGUUUUAUGUUGACAAUUAUCUUCAAAGUCUGCCUUCUGUAGAUGAAGCAAGGCUCAUGGUAGACCAGCUGCAAAGUGUUUUAGCAGGGGGAGGAUUCGAACUCAGGCAAUGGGCCAGCAAUACACCCUCAACCAUUAGUCAUCUACCAGUGGCAUCCAGAUCUGACAGUGCUGAGCAAUGGAUUGCAAAGGGUAAUGCCAUCAACCAUGAAUCAGUGCUUGGACUUCAGUGGAACUGUGAAACUGAUACCUUGUCCUAUAAGCUCCGUGCUGUAGAGUGCAGAGAGGUUACCAUGCGCAACAUCUAUAAAGUGCUUGCUAGCCAAUAUGAUCCUCUCGGCUACAUCAUCCCAUAUACCACACGUGCAAAGGUAAUAGUACAGCGAUUAUGGGAAAAGAAGAGGGACUGGGAUGAUCCUAAACUACCUGAGAAUUUAGUCAAUGAGUGGAACAGGUGGGCAGGAGAGCUCAGUAAUCUACAAAAGAUAGUCUUACCCAGAUGCUAUUGCAGUGCACCAAAGGAUGAUGUUUCAAGCCAGCGUGAGAUCCAUAUCUUUUGUGACGCAUCCGAGAGUGCCUAUGGGUCUGUCGCCUAUCUUCGAACAGAAGAUCAAAAGGGAGAAGUGGAGAUCACCUUCAUAGUGGCCAGAUCAAGAGUGGCUCCUAAGAAACGUCUGUCAAUACCUCGUUUAGAACUAUGUGCAGCCCUGACAGGGGCCCAGUUAGCAAAGAUCCUGCAGAAUGAAUUGACUUUGCCCAUUCAUCAAGUUUUUAUUUGGUCUGAUUCCACCACAGUUUUGACCUGGAUUAAAUCUGAAUCCUGCCGAUUCAAGGUUUUCGUUGGUACACGAAUAACAGAGAUUCAGGACCUUACCAGCUGCUGUGAAUGGUGCUAUGUGCAUUCAGAAAGUAACCCUGCUGAUGACAUCACUCGAGGUAAAAGGCUGGCAGAACUAGGGCCACAAAGUCGUUGGAAUACGGGACCAACAUACCUUCAACUCAAAUCUGAUCAGUGGCCGGUUCCACCGCCAUCCUGUUCCAUAGCUGGUGAUGAAUUGAGAAACUCUACAUUCUGUGGUCUGACUAAUACUGUACUUCGUUUGUCUAUCCCUGAUCCAAGCCAAUUUCUGACCUUCCAAGAUUUAUUGACUGCAACAGUAGAAUCUCUUGGGGAACAUGGGAUCAAUGUAUCAGCUGAGGACUUUCGACAGGCUGAAAUGGCUAUCCUUCAGCAAGCUCAAGGGGAAAGCUUUCCUUCUGAGAUGGCACAGCUUACGGCAGGGAAACCACUACAGACCAACAGUCGACUGCUUUGCCUCGCCCCCGAACUUGAAGCUGCAAGUAAACUCUUAAGGAUAGGAGGUCGUCUUCGCCGCUGUGAAGAGAUUGAGCCUGAGUCAAUGCAUCUUAUUGUCCUUGAUCCCCGGCAUCCAGUCACUACCCUUCUCAUUAAGGACUAUGACACGAAGCUAUUCCACCCAGGUCCUGAGAGAAUACUGGCGGAGAUGCGUAGGAAAUACUGGAUUCUUCGGGGUAGGGAAGCAAUCCGACGUUAUAAGCGCAAAGGUUGUCCAGUGUGUCAGAAGUUUCGCAAAAACCCACAGAUACCCAGGAUGGCAGACCUGCCUCCCGCCAGACUACGUCUAUUUAAACCUGCCUUCUAUUCUACUGGCAUUGACUGUUUCGGGCCAUAUUCCAUAAAGAUUGGACGUAGAAGUGAGAAGCGCUGGGGUAUUCUAUUCAAGUGCAUGACUACACGUGCUGUGUAUAUUGAUCUUCUCCCAAGACUUGACACCGACUCAUUCCUGAUGGCCCUCAGACGAUUUAUAGCCAGACGUGGGAAACCUUUUGAGGUUUUAUGUGAUCAAGGUACUAAUUUUAAAGGAGGGGAAAAGGAGCUGCAUCGGACAUAUGUUGAACUAGUUCCGGAGCUUCAGGAACAACUUGCCAGUCAGCAGAUUAUAUUUCGUUUCAACCCGCCUCAUGCCCCACAUUUCGGUGGGUGUUGGGAAAGGGAAAUUUGUUCCCUGAAACAGGCUCUACAGGUCACUCUGGGAACUCAACCAAUAACAGAGGAAACCCUUUAAACUGUGCUCAUCGAGAUUGAAGGGAUUCUAAAUUCUAAACCCCUGGGUUAUACAUCAUCCAAUGCCUCUGAUCCAGAUCCUAUUACUCCUAAUUCACUUCUUAUGGGGCGGCCUGAUUCGUCUCUUCCUCAAGUGAUGUACCCCCAAAGUGAACUGUUGAGUCGACGUCGUUGGCGUCAUAGCCAAAUUAUAGCAGAUCACUUUUGGAAGCGGUUUAUCAAGUUCUAUUUGCCUGGUCUUCAGACUCGCCGAGAGUCACCCGAUAUCAAGGUGGGAACUACUGUUAUGAUUGUGGACCCUCAAUUUCCCAGGGCCCUAUGGCCCAUUGGGCAGAUCUCUCAAGUAUUCCCUGGGUUUGACAAUAGAAUCAGGACUGUUGAAGUGAAAGUUAAGGACAAGUCUUAUGUGCGACCUGUGGCAAAGGUUGUACAGCUACCUGCGAUACCAGAUUGAAAUUGACUUGCCUUUUUAUAAUGUACAGAUUUCCUCAUUCUUUAGAAAUCUGGGGGCGGCUGUUAAAAAGGCCCGCUGUAAAUGAGCUUUUAUUUUGAAGUUUUCUGGUGAUCAGCCAGUGUUUGAAUGUGAUGUCAUCGUAGCUACCUAAAGACACUACGCUCCGCCCAUUUCCAGCAGGUGGCAGUGAUUAGUGUUUGGUAGAAAUAGCCUGCACAGAGUAGGUGAAAGCAAAUGGACUCAAGGCUUUCUGAAGUGUUGGUGUUGUGUGCGUAUAUGUUAGAUGAACCAAACCACACACGGAUGGAAACACCAAUGUAAUGUCUGCACUUACGUGCUCAACAUUUAUGGAAUUGUUGUGAAGAAAUAAAUGCAUCAAGGACUUAAACCUGCAUCUUUAUGUCUCUUACCGGACAUCUGUGGUGGACUAGUCCCCCCACUGGCAACCCCAACUGGUUUAGUU